UGAUUGGUUUGGUUUCUUCCUGCCCCAUCAGACAUCAUAAGAAGGCGGUGAGGAGUGUGGCGUACCACAGAGGUUACCCGCUGUUCGCCUCAGCGUCGGACGACGGAUCAGUCAUCGUCUGCCACGGAACCGUCUACAACGAUCUGCUGCAGAACCCGCUGAUCGUCCCAGUCAAAGUUCUCCGGGGUCAUGCGAUCACUCAUGACCUCGGCGUCCUGGACGUGACCUUUCACCCCACGCAGCCCUGGGUGUUCUCAUCCGGUGCCGACGCCACCAUCAGACUCUUCACCUGAGAACCGGCCCUUUAUGACUGUGGCGGGGAUCUCUGCCGCCCUGUUGUAUCCUAGCAACCAGCCAGGAAUGGUACCCUGGUUGCUGCGACUGAAAAGAACCUCCUCACUGCAGCUUUAAAGGGAACUAACGAAGAGAAUCCGUCUCCUGAGGAGAUGGAUUCUCUGUAUCCAGGUUGCUGGGAUACAGUGCUAGGAUACACUAUUGUAUCCUAGCAACCUGGUUGUUAGGAUACAACAGUGAGGAGGUUCUUUCCUGUAGUUUUUAUGUUUGUUUGUACUCAAUAAAAUAUAACAUUCUUACUCUUCAUGUUCACUUGUGUUUUAAGCUGCAGAAACAUCUGUUUCAAACCACUGAAAUAGAUUUAGUGGGAUUUAAAACGUAAAUAAGAACUAACCCACCAUUUUGUUUUAUUUAACUGCUCAAUUCUGACCCUUAUUAGAGAAAAUCAAUUUACUAUCAUUUAAUAAAAAUUAUUCAACAAAAAGAAACCACAUUUAUUUGGAAUCUUUGACGAUUUAGUCUGUUUUGUUUGACUAAAGGCUGCUUCAAAAAAAAUCAUAGAAAUAGAGUUCAGAUCCCUUUUCAUAUUAUUUACAGUAUUAUAUGUACUUUUUGGAUUGCUUUAUCACAUGUAUAAGAAAGUGUACUCAUUUAAAAGAAAUGUUUAUAUUAAAAUCUUAAAAUAGGAAUAAAAAGAUUGCUCUUUAAAAAUUACAACACAUUUCCUGUAGCAAAAAGUUUUUUUUUUGUUGUUUUUUUUUUGACUGGGAAUAAAUGCCUCUAGUUUGUAAAGGAUGCAGACUUCUGUUAGGAACUUUUAUUUCGAAAGCUUUUUGUGAAGUCGCAGCUUGUUUCCGGCGGACCUUUUCUGGUGUGACACUAGAUCAUGACGACAGUACACAGAAUCACACCGAUCCGCGAAAAUUGUGUUUACACCAGCUGUUAUUGUGAAGAAAAUGUGUGGAAGCUGUGUGAAUUUGUUCAGAAACAAAGAACUGCUCCACUGGAACAGCUGUUUGUCGUUUUUAUCUCUAAUGACAAACGGAUGAUUCCUCUGUGGAAGCAGAAAUCCGGACAUGGCGACCAGCCUGUGAUCUGGGACUACCAUGUGAUCCUGCUUCAGGUGUGCCCUCAGUCUGACUCUCUGGUUUACGAUCUGGACUCAGUGUUGUCGUUUCCCUGCAGCCUGCGGCUCUACGGAGCCACGGCCUUCCGCUCGGACCGCCACAUCCGACCCGAGUACCACAGGAAACUACGUGUCAUUCCUGCUGACAGCUUCCUGUUGAACUUUGCGUCUGAUCGAUCUCACAUGAGGAACCCUGAUGGAACCUGGAAGAUGUCUCCUCCUCCAUAUGCGCCCAUCCAGACAGCAGAGAGUCAGAUGAACUUGGAUGACUUCAUCAGUAUGAGCCCUGCGGACGGCUGGGGAACCGUCUACAGUCUGGACCAAUUCCUGCUCACAUACACUGGAAACCCGUCCACAGAACCGUCUUCAUCGUCUUCGCCCUGAUCUUCCUCAACGCCACCAGCAGCAGAUGUGGUUACAUGACAUUGUUGCUUCAGACUGUUCAGAAUCAACAGUUGUGUUGGACUUUUAUCCUGGUUUUAUCCUGUGGAUUAAUUUCUGAGCAAUAAAAACAUUUUUUAUCAUCUAUGGACAUGUUGACAUUAAAAUCCGAACCUGAGGAAAACAAGAUGGACCAACUUCUAAUUGGAAAAAGCAGAGUGUGAGUAAAACAUUGAUUAAGAAACAAAAAAGGACUUCUUUUAACCAAUAUAAGAUUAACAAAGGUGGUCAUUUACUUUUUAAGGUCAUACUUUGGACCCAGAUCUCAACCUACGUCUAAAACUGUUUGAAACUAACAGUUUUUCUCCUGCCUGAACCAGUUAACGACUCACACUGGUGCAUCUCACUGAAAAAGUAUAAUAGAGUUUAUUUAGUUAAUUAUUUAGUUUAAAAGUGAAACACAUAGAUUUACCAGAUAGAGUAAAAUAAUUCAAGGGGGCUCUACUUUGCAAAAUUCACAUUUUGCACAUUUCUGUAUUUCCAUUUGGGUUUCUACUGCUACUGAAAACAACCUAAUGGCUUAAAAAGAGUUAAACUUUUUUUUUGUUUUAUUUCUUGAAAUAUUUCUUCACCGAUUUUACUUCUUUCAUAUUUUUUCAUAUUUCCUUUUACUUAUUGUAAGACUGAAACAAUAAACAGAAACAGAACGCUCUUUUUUUGUGCAAAAUACAAAAUUCACAAUAUCUGCACAAAGAACAUUAUACAAACAUUUUCUGUCUAGAAAAUAAAACAUGCACCUGCAAUAGUCCUUCACACAUCUAUCUAAUCCAUCUAUCUUCCCCACCAAAUAAACCAAUUUAGCACCUAAUGCAAGGGUGUCCAAAGUGUGGUGCUGGGGCCAUUUGUGGCCCUUGAAAUGAUUUUGUUCAACCCCAGAAAACAAGUCAAGAAUGGUAAAAACAAUUGAUAUCUCCCCAAAAAUUGGAAAUCGCAACAAUCUGAAGGAAUUGGAAUAUAAAAAAGAAAAUGGAAAAUGAUGAUGCUUCUUCAUAGAUAGAUGUGCUGGAGAAACUCCUGGAAAGUGAGCAGUUUUCUGCAUAUCCCUAAUUCAGUUUGGUGUUUCUCUGUCAAUUUCUAUUAGAAUCAAAUGACAUGUUUCCUAUUGUUUUAGUUUUUGCAAUAACAUCGUGAAAAAUAAUGGCUAAGAUCUUACACAAUGUGACAUGGAAGCAAAAUAGAUAUUUUGUAACCUUAAACCUGAUGAUCAGUGGUGCUAUAACGAAGCCAAUCACAUCUGAGCCCCUUCAAUACAUAGAUAUGUUA